AUGUCGAGUCCUCCACCAGCUAUCGACCCAACGGUACAAGGAAAGAAAAGAAAGAGGACUGGAAAAGAGAGGGAAGAGAGGAAACGUCUCGCUAUUCAAGCUCAAUUGGAAGCUAAGCAGACUGCAGACGCUAUUGUGGAUCCUGUCGUAGCUGAAGCCAUACCGGAUGAUGUUCAAGCUGAGGUGACACCUGUGGCGAUAUUUGAAGACGCAAAGAAAGAGGAGGUUGAUAUCGAAAAAACUGUUAACAGGAUUCCUCAAGCCCUCAAAUCGCUCCAUCCAGUAUUCAAACAAGCGAAAUCGUUCGAAACUAGACGAUUGAUAAAGAAAAUCAAAUUUUUAAGGACCAAACCUGAUGCGAAAGUCGAGCUCACAGAUCUCGAGAGUCAACUGACCAUACUUCAUGAUAUUCAACUUCAUUCUCUUAUUCAAUCACAUCUUCUUGUCAAACUUCGAAAACAUCCUUUAUUCAAGCAGUCUGCUCUUCCUACGUCAAUCACUGAUCUUUUGAAUCUCAAUUCAGCUCCUGUAUCCACCAGCUCGACUUCUGCUACUCCAGCAUUGGUAGAAAAAGUGGAAAAUCGAUUAUGUAGCGCUAAAAAUGUUGCUGAAGCUGUAAAGUCGACUCUAAGCUGGAUAGUAAGAGAAGAUGGCGCGAAGCUUAUACCCCAUUCAAAGAAGGACCUGUCCAAAUUACCUGUCCGAAAUGUAGGGAAGAUUGGAAAGAAUGCUCAUGUGGAGGACGAUGUUGAAUCGGAUGAAGAACAAGUAAGAGAUCGAAGAGAGAUGAUUAUCGAAUCUGAUAUCGACUUAUCUGAUGGUGAUGAUGAUGAAGGAGGAGGAGGAAUUGCUACACAAGACUAUGCUGCUGAUGAAGCGGGCUGGGAGUCUGGAUCAAUCGGAGGAGCUAAUUCCGAUUCUGAAGAAGAAGAUGAGGAUGAAGAAGGCAGUGAUGAAGAUGAAGAUUCUAUCCCUCUUCCAUCAAACAAGAAAUCCAAGCUUGAUUCAACGACAACAACAACAAAAACACAAACGAAAGAAAAACCUACUAAGCCUAGUAAAGUUGAAAAGAUACCUUCUAAAGGAGAUAUAACAUCAUCAAUGUUCCUUCCUUCUUUAUCAACUGGAUUCACAAGAGGUGAUGAAGGUGAUAGUGAUCCCGAUGAGGAUUAUGACGUUGAUGGAGUUAUUGGUAAACAAGGUGUUGUAAGGAAAAAUAGACGAGGUCAACGAGCUAGACAAGCGAUUUGGGAGAAGAAAUUCGGUAAAGGCGCCAAACACGUAGUCAAAGCUCGUGAAGAUGAAGACUCAUAUCAAGCUUCUAAAGCGAAACGCGAAGCUGAGAAAAGAGGUAAACCCAUUGGAAUGCAUGGUAGAGAUGGUGGUUGGGGUCCAAGAACUGGUUCAACAGCAACGACAACGACAACGGCAACGGCAACGGCAAAUCCAAAAAGUGCACCACCACAAUCAGCAGCCAGGGUCAAUCCGCCUUCUCGAUAUACUGCACCAUCUUCUGCUGCACCACCUAAGGAGGAACAGAAGAAUCUUCAUCCAUCUUGGGAAGCUGCUAGACUUCGUAAACAAAAAAUGGAAGCUAUACCUGCUAACGCACCAAAGGCAAGUAAGAUUGUUUUCGAUUAG